UCUGACGACAUAAUGGGACGCUUUCUUCCAGUGAGCUAACUUAUCCACACCGACAGUUCCAACAUGUCAAUCCGUCGAAAAUCGUGCGAUCCUUGCUUCAGAUCGCGACGCAAAUGCGAUCUAACGUACCCUGUUUGUGACAGGUGCGAGCGGAAUAAUAAGCGAUGUCACUACGCAUAUCCCCCGCAGCUGCCAGUGAGGACGGAAGAACAGGCUAAUGUAGCCCGCACUGCUCUCAUGCGGAAUACGGCGGAAGCAUCCUCGUCUGGCAGUGGAGUGUCCUCCGGAGAUCUCGGUCAAAUAAGGAGCGUGCCUGGUACAUUCUUUGAGCUCAGCCGUCACUCAGCUUUGCAGCUAUACUGGGAGCAGCUUUCCAUUGUGUACAAGACACCUGGAAACCUCGGUGAUCUGCCACCAGUUGGCGGGCUACAGAUUUGGGAUAGCAUUCUGGACCAUAUGCGAAACUAUCCGCGAGAAUUUGCCCAAGGCGCAGAAAACACGUUUAUCCACAAGGCCCUCUUCACCGAUUCAUUCCCCCGGCCUCUGCGGGCAGCUUGGACGAUCUGCGCCGGGUGUGUCUCUAUAAACGACCGCAAUCGCAAAAUGCUCUUCCAAGCUCUAGACGCCGAGCUGUCCGAACUGAUCACGCCUUCGACGCCGGUCGUGACGAGUACACUGUUGGAAGAUCUGGUCUGGCUACAGGCGGUGUUAUUAUAUCAGCUGAUCAGGUUCUUCUUCGGCAGCAUUGAGCAGCGUAACACUGCGGAACGCCAAGAGUUCAUCAUCAGAUCGUAUGGGCUCAGACUCCUCCAGCGAGCAAAUGUCGAGCUCGCCAACGCAGAACGAACCUGGGAGAAUUGGAUCCUGGCUGAAAGCAUCCGUCGAACGGUCUUCAUAGCGUUCAAGUUGUACACCAUGUACUCGUACUUGAGGUAUCGCAUAUGCAACCAAUAUGACGCCCUGAAAGCUCUCCCUGUGUCCACGAAGCUGGGUUCAUGGGAGUCCCGAGAUGCUUACAACCAAUACUCGGAUAUGGACGAAACGAUAUCCUACGGCGAAACAAAACUUCUUUGGCUUGCGCCUCCGGAGAGCAAAACUGGAAAUUUUGAAGAGUUGCUUUUUUUGGACAAGGACACAGAAAAUCACAUCGCUGCGUUGGAUCAAUAUGAAUUAAUUGUUUAGUUAGUCGGGCAUGUAAGAAGCUAGACUGUCGAGGUUCAAUGGCAAAUCCGAUCUGUGUGCGGCUAAUCUGGUUCAACUUGACUCCUUCAUUUCUAUAAAACC